GAGCGGCGGCCAAGCGAGGUUGGCUGGAGGCUGGCUCCGUGGUGGCCGGCGGCGAUGGCGGUGUGGACGCGGGCGAGCAAGGCGGGGCUGGUGGAGGUGCUGCUGCGGGAGCGGUGGGUGCGGGCGCUGGCCGAGCUGAGCGGCGAGGCGCUGACGCUGAGCUCCGAGCCGGAGACGCCCAACGGGCUCCCCAACGGCUCCGAGGGGGAGAGCAGCAGGGCGCGGGGCCCCGGCGGAGGAGGAGGAGGAGGCAGCCGCAGCGCGGGAGCCAGCCCUCCAGAGCAGCCGCGAGGGGCAGGGCCCGCCUCGGCGCCGUCCUCGCCGCCGUCUUCCUGGUCGGCGCCGUGCUCGCCGGUGCCCGGCUCCCCUCCGCCGGGGGUCCGUCGCGUUCGCGUGGUGAAGGCGGAGGCCGGCGGGCUGGGCAUCAGCAUCAAGGGCGGCCGCGAGAACCGCAUGCCGGUCCUCAUCUCCCGCAUCUUCCCGGGGCUGGCGGCUGAGCGGUGCGGGGCCCUCCGCCUGGGAGACGCCAUCCUCUCCGUCAACGGCGUGGACCUCCGCGAGGCCACCCACGACCAGGCCGUGCAGGCCCUCAAGCGAGCCGGAAGGGAGGUCCUGCUCGAAGUGAAGUACAUGCGGGAAGCCACCCCUUACAUCAAGAAGCCAUCCCUUGUGUCAGACCUGCCAUGGGACGGGGCAACUCCGCAGUCACCCAGUCUAAGUGGCAGCGAGGAUUCUGGCUCCCCAAAGCACAGCCCUGCAAAAGACCGCAAGGUGAUUCCCUUGAAGAUGUGUUACGCUGCAAGGAACUUGAGCAUGCCAGAUCUGGAGAACAGGUUGAUCGAGCUGCACUCGCCCGACAGCAGGAACACCCUGAUCCUCCGGUGCAAGGACACGGCCUCGGCGCACUCCUGGUUCACGGCAAUCCAUGCCAAUAUCAUGGCUCUCCUUCCACAGGUCCUGGCGGAGCUCAAUGCCAUGCUCGCAGCCAGCAACACUCCCGGGAGCAGCAAGGAGGUCAAGCACAUUGCGUGGCUUGCAGAACAGGCCAGGCUGGACGGGGGGCGGCAGCAGUGGCGACCAGUUCUCUUGGCCAUGACAGAGAAGGACCUGCUUCUUUAUGACAGCAUGCCAUGGAUGAGAGACACCUGGGCAUCCCCCUGCCACAGCUACCCUCUCAUUGCCACCAGGCUGGUACACUCUGGCUCGGGCCGCAGGUCGCCCUGCGUGGGAUCAGACCUCACCUUUGCCACCCGGACGGGCUCCAGGCAGGGCAUUGAGAUGCACAUCUUCCGCGUGGAGACCCACCGAGACCUCUCCUCCUGGACCCGAAUCCUGGUGCAAGGCUGCCACGCUGCUGCAGAGCUGAUCAAGGAGGUGUCGUUAGGCUGCGUCUGGAACAACCAGGAGGUCCGCCUCAUCAUCCACUAUGACAAUGGCUUCACCAUUUCCAAGGAGGAAGCAGGCUCCUCCGGCGUCCUCUUCCGGUACCCCUUUGAGAAGCUGAAAAUGUCUGCAGACGACGGCCUCAGGAACCUUUACCUGGAUUUUGGAGGUCCAGAAGGGGAACUGACGCUGGAGCUGCACUCCUGCCCAAAGCCCAUCGUCUUUGUGUUGCACACCUUCUUGUCGGCCAAAGUGACCCGCAUGGGUCUGCUGGUGUAGGAACCAAGACGUCUCUGGGAUGUUGCCGAAAUGUUGGGGGUGACAGCCAUGAAGCAGCAGCAAUAGCAGCAUAUGGCUCCUGCCUUGGCAAUUUCCCCUUCCUCCUCCAAAGCCUCAGUGCCUUGACCAGGCCUAGCGAUUGGCAGCUGCGCUCUGGACGCACCACCUGCAUAAGAAGAGCUUCAGCCGACCAAUGCUGCUCCUGCAAUGACCACCUUCUCAAGAGAGAGGAGGACGAGAAGCUGAUAGAAAGGGACAGGGGUCUCAGAGCCUGGGUCAAGGUGGCCCUCACCUUCCUGCCUGGCAGGAGCCCAGCUUUGCUCUGGUCAUACCCAUCCCUUUGGGAGCUGGCACCUGAUCCUCUUGCCCCGGAGGAAGAGGGGGCAGCGCUUCCCAGGCCAUUGGGCAGCUCCCAGUUUGUGGUAUCAUAAAGCCAUUUUCCCUGUAUCACUUACCAAAUGUGCCUUUGGGAGCAGAAGAAGGGGAUGGAGAAGGAGAGGCAGGGAGCAAACUGCAAAUCCUGUCCACUUGACCGUGCUGGACGUUUCGUAGGGUUUUCCUCUUUCCAGGGAGAGCUCCAGGAAGGGCUGUAAAUGGAUUCUCUGCUGCUCAUUUUAUCCCAGAGUAACUCUGAACAGUAGAACCCAAGAUGUAAGCUGUGUGGUCCCUUGAGUAGGAUGGACAAGGCCUUCCAUGGGGGCUUUUAUCUUUGAAAUGUAAAAGGGAAGGCAGAGUCUUGGGAAGAAUAAAAGCAUUAUUCUGCUCAUUUGAGGGACAAAACUUCCCAAACUCUCUUUUACAUCUCUUCCAUUAGAUUUUUCCCUGUUCCUUCUGCUUUUAUUUUUGAGGCUUGAAGGCCACCAGAAGAAGCAGGCUUUGGUUUAGCUUGUGAGCUUUUGAUGGAUUUGGGAGCACAGUAUCUUCUGGCUGGAUUUCUCAGGUUGUGCUGUAGUUCAUGGCAGUCUUCUGAGCAUCUCCAUCCUUCAGAUGUCAUGCCAGCCUUUCCCAGCUUGCUCCCUCCACAUGCGUUAGACCAAACUCCCCAUCAUCCGCAGCCAGCAUGGCCAUCUGCAGAGCGCCAGGCCGGGUGGCUACUCUGUCCCUUUCGGGACAUAAACCAGGUUAACCUUAUCUUCAGCCUCACUUUUGGCGAGGAUAAUGCCAGCACAUAUGUCCCAUCACCUCCAGACAUCUGCCCUUUUGACAGACACAGGGUUCUUUUUCAUAACACCUUAAAAGAAGAAAAAAUCCUCUCUCUCUGUCCUUUUUCACGACAGUUUUGUGGGUUUGAAACCCAGCCUCUAGUCUUGUUGCAAGAAGCCCUAGACUACUCACUUUCUGGUUAGUGAGGUCCCAGCAGGUAAUGCUUGAUGCCACUCUUGUGAGCCUUCCUUCCCUUUAGUGAGGCCCAGAAGCUCCCUUCUUAAAUCAGGGCCAUCCCAAAACAGCCAGUGUUCAGACCAGCAAGUCCUGAGCUCAUUUGCCCCCGUUUGGCAGGGAGUGUAGGCAGUGCUGGGAUGAGCGAUAGAGAAGGGGGAUUAAGGAGCAUCAUUCAAGCCCUUUCCAGAGUGGGACGGAGCCAUGCUGUUGCUCCCUUGUUUUGCAGUGUUGUGCCAAAUCUUCUGUGUUGUUUGAAGAGGGUUGCAGGAGGGAAGAUGUGUGUGUGUGUGAGAGAGAGAGAGACAGAUCUCAUUUUCAGCCAGAGGAGAUAGGAGCUGGUGCCUUUGAGAAGCCUCCUCAGUGCUGGAGUAACUGGUAAGGAUUGUUUGCCGGCCCUUGCGUAAAACAGCCUCCUCCGGUCUGCAUGCUCCCUUUCAGAUGUUUUGGCCUAUCACUCCCGUGUCUCCUCUUCAUGAGCCAUAUCUGGGGCUGCAAGCAUCAGGAGGGCACCAGGCUGGGGAAGGCUUUGCCCUAUUGGAGCCAGCUGAUUUCUCUGCCCCAGAGCCUUUGAGACUUUCCAUACAUGAGUGUGCAGUUAUGGCUUCUUGUUGACACAUUUGGCAAGGUAUGUUUUACCUGAGGGUCAGUGGAGAGGAAGGAGAGAUGGAUGGGUGGUCUGGCGUUUGAGGUGGGCAGGGGCUUGGAGCCAGACAAGCUUUGGAGUUUGGAGUCCUCUGGCAGGUCCCUUGAGGCAUGAAAGCCAGAAAGCUUUACGGCGGAGUAGUUGGCACUGCCUUAUGUCCCAUUCUCGGGAAAAUGGCAGACCAUGAAUGGAGGGAGGAAGACGCAUAUGUGUUGGGUUAGCAAAGGAUGGGGUCCUUGCCAGCUUCAUCUUUGCCCUAAAGAAUUGACAAAUCUGGAAGAGCUGAAGUCUUGUUCAGGUGAAAAUAGCAGGUGUGGGAGAAGGUAGAUCAGGAGUGGGGAGUUCAUGCCAAGAUGUCCCCAGUUCAGCCAAAGCAUCCCUUAACAAAACUUUGGUAUUCAGUUCAGGAUUAGAAAAUGCCUGUUUUAAGAGGGUCCAAAUGGGAGAUGGCCAUGCAUUAAAAAGCAGUUUUUAUUCUUCUGGGCCACGCAUCCUUUGCUGCUGCUGCUUGUGGUUUUAUCAGGGCAGUUCUCUUGGAUUUCCCACAUUUUGGGGAGGCUGCACAUGAGAACAGGGGCUUUGAGAUGCAAUGGGUUUCUCUUAAACUCUUUGGAGGGUCUUCUUUGCUGUUUUUCUGGUGGCUGCAGGGACAGUGCUGGGCCAUUUCAGCCCAGAGGCUCCCAUUCAAUGCAAAUGUUGUUGUUGGGGGGCCUCAAGAGAAGCUUAAUACGGUGCUGCUCCGUAGUUGAAGCCAGACGCAGGCAGGGAAGACACUGGCCUGAAAAGAAGGGUUUAAAAUGGUGCUCUGGCCUUACAAAAUCCACAGUGAACUUGUUAAAAUUGAAGGCGUUUCAGCCCUCCAUUCCUUGCAGUGUGACGUGUGACUUCACACUCUGAACAAUUCACCUUUUUUGGAAGCACUUUUUCCCAUAUCUGCUCCUUCUGCACACAGGAAGGAUGUUCCGGAGUUUGCCACUCUUGGAACGGAGGGGUCCUGGGGUUUGUAAACUAAAAUCCAUGAUGGUUUCAGUUCCCCGCCAGCCUCGCACGCCCUCCAAUUUCCUUUGCCCUACAACAGUUGGGAUCGUUUCAGGGUUUCU